CGGGGGAAGAACUCGCAUGCUCGGACGCGCAUAACGGGGGAUGUGACACCCAGCCCGCGGCUUCUCCAGGAGGGUGGUCUUGGGAAUGCAGUUCUUGCAAACAGUAAAGCGAUCUAAGGGACUGAAGGUCUGAGUUCUGUAGGGAGGUAGAGAUCGGUUACUAACAAGAUGAAUUUUAAACUAACAUUGGCUUUACUAGUUCCUCCGCUUCCGGUCCCGGGCUGAAGUUUAACCGGAGCACAGCAUUAGGGGUGGAUGCGGUUACAAGUCCACGGGAGACUGGGUACGUACAGGCGAGAGUCAGGAGCAGAGGAGCAGAGGACGGGGCCCGGGUAGGACUGGCUUCACAAAAGAUCCUGAAGGGCCCAGGGCCAGUCUUCAGGAAUUGACUUCUAACAGGAUUGGGAGAGGCCUAGUGAGUGUGAGGUGUUCUAACCCUGCUCCACCAUCCCCUGUGGGUUGAGUGUUCAGCAAGGAUGGCCAGUACCUCCUGCUUCCUCCCGCAAGAUGUGAUCUACAAACGAGAACAGCCCUGCUCAGAGAAGGUUGUCUGACUGUGAGCCAGCACCAACGGUCUGGAGACAUCUUCCGUUUGUGGAAAUGGAUUUAGAGCAAUGGUUCUCGAACUUUUUCAUGCUGAGACCCCCAACCAUAAAAUGAUCUCGCUGCUCCUUCAUAACUGUAAUUUUGCUACUGUUAUGAACCAUGAUGUAAAGGUGUGAUACACAGGAUAUAGGACAUGUGACCCCCCCAAGAGGGUCGCGACCCAAAGGUUGAGAACCACUGCUUUGGAUGCAGGCCUCAGGUUGGGAGCAGAACUUUCUAGUGCAGCUGGGCUUCCGGUUCUGCCCCGGGGGCCGAACUUUUGUCAGAGGGUCAGUUGUGCUGCUCCAAACAGCACGUGGAGAAGGGGGUGCGCUUGGUAGGCAGUUCUGAAUGCCCACUGACCACUCUGCAGCAAGGCUGACCAACAACCUGCCUCUCACCGGGCCUGGUGACUCUAGCGAGGGGUCUGGCCCAGGAUGAAGAUGGAGAAGCUCCUGUUAGGAAGUCAGGAAACACUGGUGCAGUCUGUCAGCUCUCUCUCCUGCAUGAAGCAGCUCUGGUUCGUUUUUGACGCUCCUGAGCCUGGGAUAGUAGCUCAUGCUAGGCCUUAUUCUCCGAGGUACUCCCAAGAGCCAUCAGUCAAAGCGCCACCUGCAUUGUUGUUCUAAAGAAAAUCUUUCUGUGACAAACAUUCGCAAUAAGCUUUUAUAAUCUUUUUAAAAAAUUAUUUGAGAGUUUCUUACACGUAUUCUGAUCAUACUCCCCCACACCCACUUCCCUACCUCCCAGUUUUGAGGAUUCCCCCGCCCCGUGUCCAUUUUGUGUUGUCCCACUAUUCUUUUUUUCCUUGUUUGUUUGUUUCUCCAGGACAGGCCUUCUCUGUGGAGCCCUGGCUGUCCUGGAAUUCACACUGUAUGUAGACUUGGCUGGCCUUGAACUCAGAGAGCUCCUCCUGCUUCUGCUGGGAUUAAAGGCUAGUGCCCCCACCUCCCGGCUGUCCUACUCCUGUGUGCAGGGCCUGCUCUGGAGUAUGGUUGACCUGCUGGGGUUGCUUAAAUGCUCUUCUAGUACAGUCUUUUUAAAAAUACCGCCUCGGAUCUGGAGUUGGAGCUCAGUGGUAGGGCUCAAACGUAGCACGUGUGAGGCCCUGCAUUAGGUCUCCACCAGCACACUCACACCCACAAAGCAGUGAAGAGGGAACCAGUUUAAGGUUGCUGGGCAGAGGGGUCCAGCAACAAGGGAGAGCUUUGUGCCUCUGGGAGUGAAUCUCUCUCUCGCUGCUUGGAAGUUCGGAGAGUAGAUGCAGGUCCUAGACUGGACAGUGAAGGGUAGAAAUGGGGCCUCCUUUUUAAUUUUUAGAAAACACCUAUUUACCAAAAUAAGAAGGUCUAAGAUGGAGAGCAGGGUCUGUAAAAGUGGCGUUCUGGGAAGUUCCUGGACUCUCUCGUUUCCAUUAGGGGUUCCAGCAGCGCUCCCUGGCCUCUGCCAUGCAGUGAGUGUGUUUGCAAACUGUGGGAAGGUUUCCUUGGCAGCCAUGACAAUUAGCUCUAAUGACAAGCCCAGAGUUCCCCAGGGCAGGCACUGUCAAGUUAGCUUGGAAGCCAGGGCAAGCUUGUAAAUGAUUGCCCACAGCCCCUUACAAGCCUGGCAUCUUCUGAACGUUCCUCUUGGUUUCGUUUCUGAGGAAGCAAAAGAGACAGUAAGAUGUAGAGAUGCAAUUUAAAUGACAAAACAAAGCAAAACAAGAUGUUCAGACAGUUUUGUGAAUAUUACCUUUGGCAGAAUCCAGGUAGGCAGAGGAGCCAUACAGCUUCAAGGAUAUGUUUCCCCAAUGGAACCAGUGACUUUGGAGGUAGUAAACACUGUCACACUUUUUUUUUUUUUUUUUUUAAAUGUUGAGUGUGGAAUUGCUACAGGGGCAAAUGAACAUUCUCCCAGUGGAAGCCAGCCUGAAAUACUAGCACAAAGCUGCAUUUGAAUCACUUAACUCAUGAGAGUCAAGCAGGCCUGGGGAAUUUCCGGGGACCCUAUGAAAACCUGUAGAGGCAGGAAGCAAACUUUGUAGUGGCGACACAGUGAGGAUUUAAGGUCUCCAGCUCCGACCCUGUCAUGAUUUGCUGUGAACCCUGGCAGCCCUUCCGUUCUGCUCAAGAAAUCUCAGGUCCUCUUCCAGCUCCUUGGUCAGUGGCCUUGGCGGCAGUCUACCCCUGUGGUCAGCCCAGAACUUCUCCUGCCCAUGCAGUACCCAGCAGCCACGGUUGAGGGCCUUAGUGGCCCUCUUUCCGGGGCCUACUCGCUCCCCACCUUCAAGUUCCAGCCUCGCCGUGAGAGCAUAGACUGGAGACGCAUCAGCGCCGUGGACGUGGACCGCGUGGCUCGGGAGCUGGACGUGGCCACCCUGCAGGAGAACAUUGCUGGGGUCACCUUCUGUAAUUUGGACGGAGAGGUGUGCCACCACUGUAGGCAGCCUGUGGACCCGGUGCUCCUCAAGGUGCUGCGCCUGGCACAGCUCAUCAUUGAGUACCUGCUGCACUGCCAGGACUGCCUGAGCGCCAGCGUGGCGCAGCUGGAGACACGGCUGCAGGCCAGCCUGGGCCAGCAGCAGCGUGGCGAGCAGGAGCUGGGUCGCCAGGCCGAUGAGCUCAAGGGCGUUCGGGAGGAGAGCCGGCGCCGGCGGAAGAUGAUCAGCACCCUGCAGCAGCUGCUCCUGCAGACGGGCGCCCACAGCUACCACACGUGCCAUUUGUGUGACAAGACGUUCAUGAAUGCCACCUUUCUCCGGGGCCACAUCCAGCGCAGGCACGCAGGCAUGGCCGAAGUCGGCAAGCAGAAGCAGGAGCAGCCAUUGAAGGAGGCGCUGGAAGAGCUUCGGGCCAAGCUCAAGUGGACCCAAGGAGAGCUGGAAGCCCAGAGGGAGGCGGAGCGGCAGCGGCAGCUCCAGGAAUUAGAGAUGACUCGUCAGAGGGAAAUAGAAGCCAAAAAAAAGUUUGAUGAAUGGAAAGAAAAAGAACGGAGCAAGCUUUAUGGGGAAAUAGACAAGCUGAAACAAUUAUUUUGGGAUGAGUUUAAAACCGUUGCCAACCAGAACUCUACACUGGAAGAGAAGCUGAAGGCACUGCAGUCCUGCAGUGUGACGGAGUCCCACCUUGGGACUCUGCGGGAUGAGGAGUCAGAGGAGCGACUCAAGCACGCCCAGGAGCUCCAGGCCCUGCGAGAGAAGAUGGAAGUUCAGAAAACAGAGUGGAAGAGGAAAAUGAAGGCGCUGCACGAAGAGCGGGCAGCUGAGAGGAGAGAGCUUCAGGAGGAGAAUGAGCGGCUCCAUGCCACCCUGUCGCAGGAUCAGAAGAAGGCAGCUGCGCAGUCUCAACGUCACAUCAACGCCCUCCGUGCCCAGCUUGAAGAACAAGCCAGGCUUAUCGCAUCCCAGGAGGAGACGAUCCAGACCUUGUCCCUCAGGAAGGUGGAGGAAGUCCAAGAGGUGCCAAAGACUGUGGACACAGAGGAGGACUCUUCUGAGGAAGAGCUGGAGGGCUCCCGUGAUGAGCAGCGGAAGGUGCUAGAAGCUCUGAGGAACAACCCUACUUGGCUGAAGCAGUUCCGGCCCAUCCUGGAGGACACCCUGGAAGAGAAGCUGGAAGGCAUGGGGAUAAGGAGGGACACGAAGGGAAUUUCAGCUCAGACUCUCCGACACCUGGAGUCCCUGCUAAGAACCCAACGGGAGCAGACAGCCCGAAGCUUCCGGGAAUUUCUGAGGCUGAGGGAGAAACUCAAUACGGAAGUGAGCAGCCGGGUGAAGAAGAGAUGGGAGAGUACAGCGGUGGUGUCCCAGCCAGAUGGCCAGCCUCCAGGCAAAAGCCUGAGGAUCACACUGGCUGCAAGGGAAGCCCGGCCAAAGACCAGGAGCCUGAAUGUGGCACUGCCGUCCAAGCCAGCAGAACCUUCUGCGCCAGCCCUUCAGAGCCAGAGCAGCCCUGGCCCUGGCCUCACCCAGGUGUCCACCCCCAUUCCACGCCCCAGAGCGCAUGGACCUUCCACUACCCCUAUUUCCCCUGGGCCCGGGCUAAGCAGCACCCCCCCUUUCAGUUCUGAGGAGGAGCCAGAGGGAGACAUUGUGCAGCGCGUGUCUCUUCAGCCCCCGAAAGUUCCUUCCAGGUCGACACCCAAGCCGGAGGACAACUGGGGCUGGUCUGAUUCUGAGAGCUCGGAGGAGAGUGCCCAGCCCUCUGGCAAGGGCUCAGGUGGGCUGGCUUCCUCAGGAACACUGGUGCAGUCGAUGGUCAAAAACCUCGAGAAGCAGCUUGAAACUCCAGUGAAGAAGCCCUCUGGAGGGGUCAGUGUGUUCUUAAGGCCCAACGCGGCCCUUCAGCGGUCUUCCACACCAGCAAGGAAGUCUCAGCUUUCUGAGGAUGAGAGUGACUUAGAGAUCUCGUCUUUGGAAGAUCUUUCUCAGGACCUGGACAAGAGAGGAAAGCCAAAGCCUUUGCCCUUCUCAAAGCUCCCAGAAAAGGUUGAUGCUACUCCUUGGAGUUCUGGAUCACGACCCAGGAUUCCUGGCUGGUGAUUCUGUCUAUGUUUGCCAGAGGGCUUAGCCUGGUUGCCUGGCUGAGCUCACCCCAGUGGAAGAGUCUGUUAGGCCUCUUGCUUCGCCAACAGCCAAGAAGUUUUUCUCUUAAAGAGAAGCAGAGCAGGAGAUGGACAGGACCUCUAUUCAUUUCCUGUAAGGACUGCAAUGUCAGAGGACGACGGUCCUGUGGCUACCCCAAAGAAAAGGCUGGGUCCUGGUGCGAUUCCUUGUGUAAAUGUGAGAAGGGUUGUAACAGUACCUCCAAGUGUUUCUUCCACGAUCCCCAUGUCUAGCCCAGACUGAAAGGAGUUGCUGUUUCUGAGUCUUUUGUAAUCUGCAGGUCACCAUGGAGAUGGGUCCUGAGUCAGUUCUCAGUUAUCCUCCUCUGUGGUGGAGUGUCUAGCUUCUCACUACUGAGGUGGGAUGCAGACAGAGGGAGGAGGUAUAGAGGGCCAGGCAUAGUAAUUGAGUGUGUUAGUGUCGUAAUAGAGUGUCAUGGGAGCAUGGGAGAGGCUGCCUGGCCUAGUUCAUUUCUGUUGCUGUGAACAGUCAAGACAAUCCCUCAUAGACAUCACCCUCAAAGCACUUCUUCUAGUGAGGCUCUCCUCUUGGACAGUUCUCAGUUGUGGCAAAUUGAUAUUGAAAACCAACCAGGACACCAUUCAACCCAGCCCAGGAUGACCUUGGAGAAGUUCUCAGAAUUGUGAUCCCUGGUGGAGCCUGUUCAUGGUCAAGAAGAAAGAGGAAUUUGGAUGAAGCCCCUUAUCCUCAUAGAAUCAAAAAUUUAAUUUUUUUGAAACCAUUUCUGACACUGAGUUUUUUAUACGUUGACUGUAAUUUUGCAGGGGUUGGAAAUUUUUUUUUUUUUUUGAGACAGGGUUUCACUGUGUAGCCAUGGCUAUCUUUGAACUCUGUCUAUAGACCAGGAUGGCUCCAAACUCAAGAGAUCUUCCUGCCUCUACCUCCCAAGUUCAGGGAUUAAAGGUGCACAUGGUGGCAUAUGGCUUAGAUUGUAUUUUUUUUUAAGUGUGAAAACAUUUAUUUAUUAUAGUAAACAUUUAAAUACAGACUGAUGUAUAAAC